GCGGGAGCGCGCUCAGCGCGUGCGUACGCCGUGGCGGUUGGCAGCGAGCUACCUGCGCGAAGUGAGGCGAGGCGAGGCUGCUCCGGACUCACGGACCGACAGACAGAGCGGCCCCUUCGGCCGUCGGCGGCCAGGCGGCCCGAGAUGUUGUCUGGGAAGAAGGCCGCGGCGGCGGCUGCGGCGGCGGCAGCGGCGGCGGCGGCCGGGACGGAGGCCGGCCCCGGGGCAGCGGGCGGCGCGGAGAACGGCUCUGAGGUGGCCGCGCCGCCCGCGGGCCUGUCGGGCCCUGCCGAGGCCGGGCCGGGGGUGGCGGGGGAGCGCACUCCCCGCAAGAAAGAGCCUCCGCGGGCCUCCCCUCCCGGGGGCCUGGCCGAGCCACCGGGGUCCGCCGGGCCUCAGGCCGGGCCUACCGUCGUGCCUGGAUCUGCGACCCCCAUGGAAACGGGAAUCGCAGAGACUCCGGAGGGGCGACGGACCAGCCGGCGCAAGCGAGCGAAGGUAGAGUACAGAGAGAUGGAUGAAAGCUUGGCCAACCUCUCAGAAGAUGAAUAUUAUUCAGAAGAAGAGAGAAAUGCUAAAGCAGAGAAGGAAAAGAAGCUUCCCCCUCCACCUCCUCAAGCCCCACCUGAGGAAGAAAAUGAAAGCGAGCCUGAAGAACCAUCUGGGCAAGCAGGAGGACUUCAAGACGACAGUUCUGGAGGGUAUGGAGACGGCCAAGCAUCAGGUGUGGAGGGUGCAGCUUUCCAGAGUAGACUUCCUCAUGACCGGAUGACUUCUCAAGAAGCAGCCUGUUUUCCAGAUAUUAUCAGUGGACCACAGCAGACCCAGAAGGUUUUUCUGUUCAUUAGAAACCGCACAUUGCAGUUGUGGUUGGAUAAUCCAAAGAUUCAGCUGACCUUUGAGGCUACUCUUCAACAAUUAGAAGCGCCUUACAACAGUGACACUGUGCUUGUCCACCGAGUUCACAGUUAUUUAGAGCGUCACGGUCUUAUCAACUUCGGCAUCUACAAAAGGAUAAAACCCCUACCAACUAAAAAGACAGGAAAGGUAAUUAUCAUAGGCUCUGGGGUCUCUGGCUUGGCAGCAGCUCGUCAAUUACAAAGUUUCGGAAUGGAUGUUACACUUUUGGAAGCCAGGGAUCGAGUGGGUGGACGAGUGGCUACAUUUCGCAAGGGAAACUAUGUAGCUGAUCUUGGAGCUAUGGUAGUAACAGGUCUUGGAGGGAAUCCCAUGGCUGUGGUCAGCAAACAAGUAAAUAUGGAACUGGCCAAGAUCAAGCAAAAAUGCCCACUUUAUGAAGCCAAUGGACAAGCAGACACUGUCAAGGUUCCUAAAGAGAAAGAUGAAAUGGUAGAGCAAGAGUUUAACCGGUUACUGGAAGCUACAUCUUACCUUAGUCAUCAGCUCGACUUCAAUGUCCUCAAUAAUAAGCCUGUGUCCCUUGGGCAGGCAUUGGAAGUUGUCAUUCAGUUACAAGAAAAGCAUGUCAAAGAUGAGCAAAUUGAACAUUGGAAGAAGAUAGUGAAGACUCAGGAGGAGUUGAAAGAACUUCUUAAUAAGAUGGUAAAUUUGAAAGAGAAAAUUAAAGAACUCCAUCAGCAAUACAAAGAAGCAUCUGAGGUCAAGCCACCCAGAGAUAUCACUGCAGAGUUCUUAGUGAAAAGUAAACACAGGGAUCUGACUGCCCUGUGCAAGGAAUAUGAUGAAUUAGCUGAAACACAAGGAAAGCUAGAAGAAAAACUUCAAGAAUUGGAAGCCAAUCCCCCAAGUGACGUGUAUCUCUCAUCAAGAGACAGACAGAUACUUGAUUGGCAUUUUGCAAAUCUUGAAUUUGCUAAUGCCACACCUCUCUCUACACUCUCCCUUAAACAUUGGGAUCAGGAUGAUGACUUUGAGUUUACUGGCAGCCACCUAACAGUGAGGAAUGGCUACUCUUGUGUGCCUGUGGCUUUAGCAGAAGGCCUAGACAUUAAACUGAAUACAGCGGUGCGGCAGGUUCGGUACACAGCUUCAGGAUGUGAAGUGAUAGCUGUGAAUACCCGCUCCACAAGCCAAACCUUUAUUUACAAAUGUGAUGCAGUUCUCUGUACCCUUCCCUUGGGUGUGUUGAAGCAACAGCCACCGGCUGUUCAGUUUGUGCCACCUCUUCCUGAGUGGAAAACAUCCGCAGUGCAAAGGAUGGGAUUUGGCAACCUUAACAAGGUGGUGUUGUGUUUUGACCGUGUGUUCUGGGAUCCAAGUGUCAAUUUGUUCGGGCAUGUUGGCAGUACAACUGCCAGCAGAGGUGAACUCUUCCUCUUUUGGAACCUUUAUAAAGCUCCGAUACUAUUGGCACUAGUGGCGGGAGAAGCUGCCGGCAUCAUGGAAAAUAUAAGUGAUGAUGUGAUUGUUGGCCGAUGCCUGGCCAUCCUCAAAGGGAUUUUUGGUAGUAGUGCGGUGCCCCAGCCCAAGGAGACUGUGGUAUCCCGCUGGCGUGCUGAUCCCUGGGCACGGGGCUCCUAUUCGUAUGUAGCUGCAGGAUCAUCUGGAAAUGACUAUGAUUUAAUGGCUCAGCCAAUCACUCCUGGCCCUUCAAUUCCAGGUGCCCCACAGCCAAUUCCACGACUCUUCUUUGCUGGAGAACAUACAAUCCGUAACUACCCAGCCACUGUCCAUGGUGCUCUGCUGAGUGGGCUGCGAGAAGCCGGAAGGAUUGCAGACCAGUUCCUGGGGGCCAUGUACACCCUGCCUCGCCAGGCCACACCAGGCGUUCCUGCACAGCAGUCCCCAAGCAUGUGAGACUGAUGGGUUCGGAGGGAAGCAGCCAAUGUGCGUGUCUUUUGCUGUGUAGACAGAGCUCUUGUAGCAGUACCGGAUCCCACUGAGAAACUCACUCUGGCAUCUGGGCUCCCAGUCAGCUGCUGGAACUCAUGAUGCCAGGUGGCCAAGGAGGUUGCCUCCUUUGAGUGACUUAGAGCUAGAGAGGCAGUUGUCCGUUAGUGUGGAAGUUGGCGUUCUUCCUAAAGACUGAGGUAACCAAGUGUGGGGAGGGGACAUCUUAGUCUCUUGGUGUGUGGUGGUUUUUUAUAUUUUAAAAAUAAAACUUCAUAUAAAAUUC